GAAAAAGAGCAAUAAGAAUUCAGCAAAGGCACAAAAAUCUUAAUUUAUUCGUUAAUUUAUACUAUUUUCAUCUUAUUUGUCAUCGUCUUCUCUAAAUCUUUUCUGUUAAAUAGUCACAACGUCCUUGUCCUCGUCGUCGACCAUGAUAUUCUCCCAGUCAAAAUCAUGAUCAAAAUCCCUAAUUCCACGGGGUCUCCUUUCCUCAAAAUCUUCAUUUGUCAGUUAAUCUACCAUAAAUUCAAUCAUAUGGGCAAACCCAAUAAUCACUGAUAAUUUGUGAAAGAAGAAAUGGGAACUGGGAAGCAGAGGUGGAAAAUCUACUUUCACAAGUCACCAUCCGCACUAUUCCUCCUCAAAAAGCAAUGCCCAUCAAUUCCAAACGAGUUUCUGUGUCCAAUAUCUGGUGCUUUAAUGGCGGAUCCUGUUAUAGUAUCCUCCGGCCACACUUUUGAACGGAAUUGCGUUCAUGCUUGCGUUUCACUCUCCUUUAAACCCAAACUGACUGAUGGUUCCAACCCCAAUUUCUCCACCAUCAUACCCAAUCUCGCCCUUAAGUCCACCAUCGUCAAUUGGUGCCGGACCCAUCUCGUCGACCCACCUAAACCCAUUGAUUUUUACUCAGCCGAAAAACUCGUCAGUACAUUAAUUCACCACAAUAGUGCGGAGGCCGUCACUGAGUUGACUCGGACACCAAGUCAGUUGUCGGUAACAAGUUCGGAAGAGUCGGUGACGCCCAGAAACGGGUUCCACACUCCCUUGCCGCUGAAAACUCGACCCGCUUGUUAUUCAUCAUCCUCUUCCUCAGAUAUGGAAAUCUUAAAUUCUCACUCACUGGAAGAUGAAGAAUUCAUUAUGAAACUGAGAAGUUGUGAGGUUUCUGAACAAAAAGAGGCUGUAAUUUCACUUCGAAAACUGACUCGCACCAAGGAGGAAACCCGACUCUAUCUUUGUUCUCCGAGAUUACUCUCAGCCCUCAAAUCAUUGAUCACCUCGAGAUAUUCAACGUUGCAAGUGAAUGCAGUGGCAGUGUUGGUGAAUCUGUCUCUGGAGAAACAAAACAAAGUGAAGAUCCUACGGUCUGGGAUUGUUCCACCGGUUAUUGAUGUUCUGAGGGGAGGAUUCCCUGAGGGUCAAGACCACGCAGCCGGUGCACUCUUCAGUUUAUCCCUCGAUGAUCAGAACAAAACUGCCAUUGGGGUUUUGGGCGCGUUGCCACCUCUUCUCCACGCCCUCCGAUCCGACUCGGAGCGGACUCGCCACGACUCGGCUCUGGCUUUGUAUCAUCUUUCUGUAGUGCAGAGCAAUCGGGUCAAAAUGAUCAAACUCGGGGCGAUCCAGAUUUUAUUGGGCAUGGUGAAAUCGAGUCAUAUGACGAGUCGGGUCCUUUUAACUUUAUGUAACUUAGCUGCCAGUGUGGAAGGAAGGACAGCAAUGCUGGAUAGUGGUGGGGUGGAGUGUCUAGUGAGUAAGCUAAGCCAAGGCGAGUUUGAAUCCGAUUCGACUCGGGAGAGCUGCGUGGCGACGUUGUAUGGGCUGAGCUAUGGCGGAUUGAGGUUCAAAGGGUUGGCGAAGGAGGCGGGGGCGGAGGAAGUGUUGAAAAAGAUGGAGGCAACGGGGAGUGAGCGCGCGAGGGAGAAGGUGAGGAGAAUUCUUGAGGUGUUGAGGGCGAAGGACUCGGAGGAAGAGGAAAUUGAUUGGGAAGAGUUGCUUAACUCGGAGGAUACAGUGUCAACACACAGAAUCUAACUCGUGCUGAGUUUUGAGGUGUGUUCAUUUUCAUUUUUAUUUUAUUUAUUUUAUUUUUUUUUCUCUUUUUGUGGGAAUGAGUUGUAAUAAGUUGUGCAGAUAUUUUUUUUUUCCCUUUUUUCACGUGUGGUCAUUUUUGGUGUUAUUAAGGGUGUUUUGGUAAAUUAAGAUUUUGAUUUUUUUUCCUAAACACGGUCUGGUAUGGUUUAACCAAUUAACCCUGUGUAGGAAAGUGUUUUUGUUAGCCGGAUUGUAUAUAUUUGAUGUCUUUUUUUC